AUGUCCGACGUCUUCCGCAGAGUUGGCCGCGGUGGUGCUGGCAACUUCAUCACCCCCAGCGCCACUAACACCUCAGAGGACCCCACCAGAGUGCGUACCAAGUCCCCCACCCAGACCCCUUUCACCAUAGCCCUCGCCGCCCGAACUGCCAGUGGUUGCGGCCCCGCUGACCCCCAACAGCAGCCGUACGCCAGGGUAGGACGUGGUGGCGCCGGCAAUUUUCACGAUGCCGCCAACGCUCCCGCCGAAACCCAGGAACAGGUGGCGGCGAGGACAGACACGGUGCCGUCCGCUAACGCCUCCGGUCCCAGGACUGGUCUCAUGGGCCGAGGUGGCAUGGGCAACUGGUCCGAUGCGCCGGCUCAGGAACAGGUCAAAGCUGAGAAGGACAAGCAGGCUGCUGUCGAGAAGAAGGUUGCCGCAGAUGUUGAUGCUGGUCUCAAGGCUCCAGCCAAGGCAUACGAUCGCAAGGUUACGGAGCAGGUCUGA